UGUUGCUCGUUUCGCUCGGAAUGAACUAAACGCUCUCUGUUGCGCGAGAAACCACGCGGUAGAAGCUGAGCUGCCAGGUGUGUGUUUUCGGGGAGAAUCGAUGGUUGAUUGAGAAGUAUAACGGAUCAGAUGCUGUUGAAUUGUUGUGUUUUUAUUAUUUAUUUCUGUGACAAACCGGUUGACUGACACAGCAUCUUCCCUCAGAGUGGGCAAACUGCAGUAAACUGAUAAUUCUCAAACCAGAAAGAGAACCCAUAACAGAAGCAAAGGAUCACCAACAGAGUGAAUUGUGAUUCGCCAGUAAACAGCGGAAGAGUAGGAGGGGAGGGAAAAUAAAGAAAUAAAAAGGGAUACAGAAUUGAAGGACCACGGAAGGAAUUUUGGUGCGACAGCUGGUGGAAAAGUUGGAGAAGGAGAAGAAAGUGAACGCGGAGAAAUAAGGGAGAGAGAGGUGUCAGGUUGGCUGCUGCUGGUGCUCCACGAUGCAACAUGACAGUAACGGAGUUGGGAGGCUUCAGCCUCUCUGGAACUUCAAUGGCUCAUCGGUCAACCAGUCCGACCUGUUCUCCAACACCACAUGCAACAUUUCCACCAAUGAUUCAACAUCCUGCUCUCCUGUGGACGAUGGAAUGGGGGCAGGAAGUCCAUAUAAAGCUCUGGAGAUGUUUUUUAUCGCCUUGGUCACAGGAUCUCUGAGCUUUGUGACUGUCACAGGAAAUAUUUUAGUCAUGCUAUCCAUCAAAGUAAACCGCCACCUACAAACUGUCAAUAACUAUUUCUUAUUUUCAUUAGCAGCUGCUGACUUGAUCAUUGGUGUUUUCAGCAUGAAUUUGUACACCGUCUACAUCAUUGUUGGCUACUGGCCGCUCGGGCCCGUGGUCUGUGACUUGUGGUUAGCUUUAGAUUAUGUUGUCUCAAACGCCUCAGUGAUGAAUUUAUUGAUCAUCAGCUUUGAUCGCUAUUUCUGUGUGACCAAGCCACUCACGUAUCCAACAAGAAGGACAACUAAGAUGGCAGGGUUAAUGAUCGCAGCAGCGUGGAUCCUGUCAUUCAUCUUGUGGGCUCCUGCCAUCUUGUUCUGGCAGUUUAUCGUUGGACAGCGAACAGUGCCGCCUGGGGAGUGUUAUAUUCAGUUCCUUUCUAAUCCUGCAGUGACGUUUGGGACGGCUAUAGCAGCAUUCUAUCUUCCUGUCAUUAUUAUGACAGUCUUGUACAUCCACAUCUCCCUGGCCUCUAGGAGCAGGGUCUCCAAACACAAACCCGAGAAGAAAGAGAAGAAGGGAAUAAAAACUCCCAGCUUGAUGAAGAGUCACCUGUUAAAGCAGAACAACAACAAUGAGACCAGCCCUCACGCAAGUCCCCGCUCUACUCCCAAACUCAGUCUGGACUCGACUACCACUGCGCUGGAGGCUGUGAAGAAUGGCAGAGUGGAGGAACCAAAACCUGCUCAGCCUCAGCCUCCAACACAGGCCAGCCCAGGACCCACACAGGAGGAAAAAGAGAGCUCCAACGAUUCAUCCACAGCUUUUAUUCCUCCAACAGAACCAAAGGACAACACUAACAACAAAGUGGUAUCUGAGGCUGCAACAAAUCCCAGCCCAGUUGCCACAACAACAACUAAUCCUACCAUCUCCAAGAACAACCCUGGCUCAAGGUGGUCCAAGAUAAAGAUUGUGACGAAGCAGACUGGGGAUGAAUGCAUCACAGCUAUAGAGAUUGUCCCACCUGUAGAGGGAGCCGAGAGGCAUUCAAUCCCAAUCAGCCGUCCGAGGACUGUGGCAAGAAAGUUUGCAAGCAUCGCUAGAAGCCAAGUGAAGAGGAAACGACAGAUGGCGGCCAGAGAAAAGAAAGUGACCAAGACCAUCUUCGCCAUCCUGCUGGCGUUCAUCAUCACGUGGACGCCGUAUAACGUCAUGGUGUUGAUCUCAACCUUCUGCCAAUCCUGUGUCCCUGACACUGUGUGGGCUAUUGGCUACUGGCUAUGUUAUGUCAACUCUACUAUCAACCCAGCUUGUUACGCACUGUGCAACGCCACAUUCAAGAAGACAUUCAAGAACCUGCUGCUGUGCCAGUAUAAAAACAUAGGUACAAGAUGAGAUGGAAGGAGAAGACUGAGGGUGGGAUGGAUGGGGAAUGGGUAAACCAUGGCAGGAACGGGGGCGGGGAGGGCAGAGGAAGGGAGAGGAAAUAAUGUUGAAAGGUGAGUGAAAGAGAGCUGAAGAGAAAUGGAUGGCAGAAUUUAGUAGAAGGGUUCUUUCUAAAGAGAACCGACAUCUGCAGGGGAUCAGCAACCAUUGUUUAUCCUGCAAAUGAACGCCAGUCAUCCCUGUCGGUACAUAUAGACCCAGAGCAAAACGUGAGUGUAAACCAGGGAUUCCAUAAUCUGCCCCACUUCCCCCUAAGAAGGAACAAAUCACAUACUGAGUGGAAACAUGGUCACAUAGAUGCAGGGAAAAGAACUGCAGAGGAGGAACAGGGAUUUAUGUGAACAGAGACGUUGGUAGGAAAUGUAGCGGGGGGAGAAAAUUGAGGAAAAUAAACGAUAAAGUAACAUAUUUGAAUAACAAUGAGGGACAAUACUGCAGAGGGAGGUGGUCUUGCUGGAUAGCCGUGUGUGUGUGUGUACAUAUAUGUAAGUAUGUAUGGAUAUUGAUGGGUCAUUUAUAAGCUACUUUUAUCUAAAAGAGAAUAUAUGGGGAAGGGUGGACUGUGUUUUUAUAGUGGUCGCCAACAUAUUUCAGGAGAAGGAUAAAAAUGUCUGACUACAUAGAAAAAUCAAUUUUGGCCAAAAUGUGCAUGUGUAUUUUGCUCUCACUACUCUAAAAUACUCAAGUACAAGUACAUCGCCUAUUGUAAUUGAUGAGGUAGAAUCAACACAAAAUAUGCAUAAACAACACAAUAAUUCAAUCACAGAAAAUUAGUCUGGGGAUAAACCAGUGCAGCCUCUGUGGUUUAAAAAAAAAAAAGAAGCCAAAAACCACACAGCAGCUUGUUUCCACGGAUACAACAUUUCUGUGGAGAAAAUAAUACUGUAUCUCCUAAUGUAUUAACAUUAGCUGAGAAAACAUUACUAAUUCAGACACUCCCGCUGGAUUUCAUCACCACAUGGACUCAGACCCUGUGAGGGUUACUGGCUACUGGCUGCGUUAUGUGAACUCCACCAUCAGCGCAGCUUGUUACACCACAUUCAAAAAGACAUUCCAGAACCUGCUGCUGUGCCAGUAUAAACAUUUAGGUGCUGGAUGAGAUGGAAGGCUCAACGUGGGAUGGAUGUGGAUGGAGUGAGCCACUGUAGGAAUGGAAAACAGAGGAAGGGAAAGAGGAAAUAUUGUUAGGAGGAGAGUGAAAGAGGGCUGAGAGGAGAAAUGGAUGGCAGAAUUUUAUAGAAGGGCUCCUUCUAAAGAGGAGAGACAUCUGCAGGGGAUGAGCAACUGUGGUUUACUCUGCAAAUGAAUGCCAGUCAUCUCAGUUGACUCAGUGAAAUGUGAGUGUGAACAGGGAUUCCUUAAACUGCACAGAACUUAACCAAGAUAGAACAAAUUAUCUCGCUUCUACAGCUGUGUUUCCAAUAUACACCACAGGAGCCGAGGAAUAGCUCCCACCACCAAUUAAAAACUAUGAGGCUCUGCCAUAAUCAUAACAGCCUGUCACUAUCACAGCAACAGCAGCAGCCAGUCAGAGGACAGUAUAGACAACUAUGUUAACAAGUGUCCUCUAGUUAUCUUCAAAUUAGCUGUCAUUUUACACAGUUGGUAUGUCACAGCAAAGAGUACGCACACACACACACACUCCCACUGCAAGCACUUUAAACUAAAACAGUAUUAUAUCAACAUCAUAUCAUAUCUGUGCUGUAUGCUACUGUGAAACUCAGCCUUCCUCUAUGGAUCAGAGGGAAUACAAACUAAAGUAUUAAACUUAAAACUAACUGCAAAGGAAUAUAAAAGUAAAAUCCCAGUCUUUAGGGGCUUUAUAGAAAUAACCUACAGGCUGGUCAUUUUUAUUGAAGUGUAGGACAGCUGUGAUCUUUGAAAAUAUCUGUAACUGGUGGCAAUGUUUCGUUUAAAAUGUUAUUUUCAUUUAUUUUUGAUUCUGAUCAAUAACCCCAUUUAUAUAAUUGGCUCUAUUGGCAUCAUACACACCAUAUAACUAAUAGAAAUGUCAAGAAAUUAUAACUUCACGGUUUGUUUAUCAUAUUAAAACAUGAAUGAUGGUCUAGCAGUCCUAAAGCUACAGUAUGCAAUGCUUAGUUACUUUAUAGUUUAAAUAUGUUCCAAAAUGUAUCUUAAUGUGGAGAGGUGCUUUCAAAGGCCUCUGUGACCCAGACCUAUUACCAGCAGUGCAGAGAUAUAUAUGUUUCUAAGCUCUGUGAAGGCCAAAUAUAUUAUUAUUAUUAUUAUUAUAUUAUUUCAUUUAGGCUUUGAGAUUUGACCUACCAAGUCCCAUGGUAAUGUCGCGGGACUGAUACAUCAAUUGACCGCUGCCUUCCUCAGUCUGUGCCACGUAUCUGCUCAUUGGCAAUACUUGUGUAUUCUAUUCUCCCUUUCAAAAAGCUUUUCUUUGUUUUGAUGUUUCCACACCUUCCAAAUGAAAUACAGAAGAUAAAAGGGAACAGGACUGCAGGCUUCUCUGUCUUUAGUUUAUUUGGGGGCUAAACUGGGAAUACAAAGUAGUAUCUAGACUUUCCAGGGGUUUUUGUUGUUGUUUUUCUUUCUUCUUUUGGUUGAGACGUGAGAUUAUUUGGAAGAUAAUCUAUGCGUGACAGAUUUUGAGAAAAAUGUGUGUUGUGAGGCAGGUGGAGCGGGUGUGAACUGUGAUGUGUGGGAAAAAUGACUUGUAUUGCUCCUCUUUUCCAUGUGGUAUCUGCUCAUUAACUGGAGAAGCAUCGUGCUGCUGCUGGUGUUGUGUUCAGGUCCUCCAUAUUUUAGACAGGGUCUAGUUAUCCUUGGGUCUGUUUUCUCUCUCAGUUAAUUCACAUUGGAUUCAAUUAUCUUGUCCAGAUUCUGAUUGGUUCCAAAAUACUGGAUCUGAGUUAAAGUGGGUAGUGUUAAAUGUUUUUGUGAACUGCAAGUUUAUCUUAUAAAGUAACUGUUUGUUUCACAUUGAAACUAAAGCAAUGAGUUUCCAUGUCCUACUGGAUAAGGUAAUCCUUAACAGACAUUGCACCUGUUUAACUGCUUUAUGAUUUAACACUGGAGGAAGCAUGCAGUGCAGUGUGUAGAUGGAGGGAAUGAAACAAAGAGGAGGUAAAAAGACUGGAGAGAGAAAAUGGAGUAUAAGUAGAGAGAGUGAAGAGAAGAGAUGCUAAGAGAAAACACCUGGAUGGGAGGAAAUGACUGAGGGAGGAUGUAGAAGGAGUGGUUGAAGAGAGAAGUGGUGAAAAUUAUGAGGUUGUGGGAAAAAUGUAGGGCACGAUGGAGGGAGAACAGAGGAAGUGCAUGAAUUCUUCAUUUAGUCCUGGUCCCCCAUCCCUAAUGCUCAUGCUUAACACAGAGUCAGAAAGAUACUUAGACAUUAACUGAUAUUUCAGUUUGUUGUCAUGUCGCAGAAACAGUUUUAGGUGUGAGACAGCUGUUAGUUAUUCAGUGUUCAGGCUUUAGGUUUUUUAAGGACACAGAAAUUAUUUGAGCCCAAUGUGGAUUUGUCCCAGGCCCAUCUCAAAUGCAGCUAUCCUGUAUGAGAAGUGAAACGUCUACCAGUCAGCCAAAGUGCUCGGAAAAUCUUCCAUGACUCAGCAGGACUUGGGCUGGGUUUCUGCUUAUAAUGUGACUGUGUCGGCUUAGUGUGGCUCAAGAGCUCGUCAAGACCUAGUCAAGCACCUACUGCUCACUCUGGAGAGAAAAAGGGUGCAAAAAGAAAAUCACGACAUCCUGUUCAUCCAGUGACUAAAACAUGGGAUAUACACUUUGGUGGUGUUAAGAGAUGUUUUUCUACCAGAGAUGAAGUUGUUAAAGACUCAUAGUGAUGUAUGUACAGUAUGAACUGGCAUGACUCUUGAAUAGUGUUUCCAGGUAGGAGGAGCUAUUUUGGGCACCCCAGGUUCUGUGAGUUAAAGAGGUUAGGUGACUCAGAGUGGAAACACUUGUGGCUUGGAAGGACAUGAAACUCUUCUGGUUGAAUCAGUGAGCACUUAUGGUUUUUUUUAAAGUCUGUGCAUUAAAAACUAUUCCCAAGUUGCAGUUCAGCCAGAAACAGCAAAUCAGCUUAAAAUUCUGUGAUGUGGGAGCUAUAGAUCAUGGUGAAAACUGACAAUCUGCUGCUUAGAUCAGUUUACUUUAGAAUUCUGGGGUGAUUUUGGAUGAAUUCAGCAACUAAGGCACAAAUUCAACAACAAAGCAUUCUGAAUUUGCUACUGUGAAACUAUUAAAAAACUUGAAAGGUCAGAAUUAAGUCAGUAUGUCUCUUAAUAGCAGCUAUAUACAGUGCAUUCUGAAAGUAUUCAGACCCCUUCACUUUCUUCACAUUUUGUUACACUGCAGCCUUAUGCAAAAUUUUUGCACAUUUGUUAAAAAGGGGAAAACUGAAACAUCACAUUGAUAUAAAUAUUCAGACCCUUUGCUAUGACACUUGAAAUUCAUCUUCCUCCCAUUUCUCUGGAUCAUCUCUGACCUGUGUUAACCUAUUGUGUCACUUGAUUGAACAUGAUUUGAAAAGGCACACACCUGUCUGUAUAAGGUCACAGCUGACAGUGUAUAUCAGACCAAAAACCAAAGGAGUCAAAGGAACUGUCUGCAGAGCUCAGAGACAGGAUUGUUUCAAGCAUUGGUGGGCCGUCAGGUCCAGCAAGGCCUUCUCUGUUGGCCCAAACACUGUCACAAUCACCAAAUUAUACUUUUAUUUAUGUUUCUUUUCCCCAUUAAUACUAUAUGUAUUAAAUUGUUUCCAUUCUAUUCUCUUCAUCUCAUCUCAUUUCCUCUUGGUUAUGCUGCUUCCAGUACAGUCUGUCUAUGUUAGAGCUUUUAUCCAAUCAGAUUUGUUGCCAAAUUAACAGAAAUCUGCCUUGGGGCCUACAGAAUCAACAGUCCAGGCCCCGGUGAUUUAAAAUUAAUGUUAAUGAAACUGUUGUCUCGUGGAUCCUUUGACCAAUCAGAUUUCGAGUUGGCGAGGCCAGGGCGGGGCCUUCUAGCAGGCCUUCGCGAACGUCAACAUUUUCAGGUCAUUUGAUUGGAUGGUCAGAGAGCGUAUUGUCAGAACUAGCAAACCGCAUCUGUAGCUACUAGCAUAAGCUAAAACUUGCUAGUAUAGAUUUAAUAACUGUUUUUUCAAACUCCCAAUGGCUGGUCGACGAAGAAGAGUUCAAUGGCGCUGUUGUAGAGGUUAUUUUUGCGUCUCAGUUCCAACAAUAACUUAUUGUCAAUAAGUCAUUUUGAGUCUGCUGAAAGUUGAGUCUGCCCAGUUGUAUUUCUCGGAUAAGUUUUAAUUCGCUUUAGAGCUGAGAAUGUCCGCUCGACGGAAGCAGCUUUUUAAAUUUGUCUACAGAUAAUCAGCAGUUUCGGUGAGUAAAAUACAUUUUACCAACAGUAUAUUUUAUUGUUUAUGUUUUUGUCAUUGUAUUAGUUAAUAUUGCUGCUUCUGCUGGAGAUGAUAUGUGUGACUCAGCUGUGGCUGCAGUGUUUGGAGACCUAUUGAAUCGUUUUAAUUGGGUUUUUAUAGCAUUGCUUCAGUAAUGGCAUUUAUUCUGGAUACAUGACAUCUCUGUCUGUGAUUCAAACUUCUGUUAUACUGCGUUUCUGUAUAUUGUUGAUGGUUUCUAUAUCCGUGACAUCAUGGGCGGGGCGGUUUAAUUCAAUUAGGACACCUGUGAAGAGUGUGAAAUGCACGGCCCGUCACUGGUUUCAAGGCACAGAUCUGGGGAGGGCUACAAAGAGAAACAGAGCACAGAGGCCUCUGACUUGUAUUUUAAAAUGAGAAACCUGCACUUGAUGGCUGUUUACGAAAAGCACAGAGACUACAUCUACUGCAAAAACCAUGCCUGAUUUAAAUUUGUCCGUUUUCUAGUAUAAUAAACGGAGCGCGCCACUGUAGCAGCAGCAAGCAGUAACUCUCCUGAGUCAAUAAUCUGCAAUCAAUCUGCAGCUGUGUCGCGCGCCUUGGUGACCACUUACCGUUGCGCCUUUCUGAUUUCACCAUGUAGCAGAAGCACUGUGUGACCCAUCGCUCGUAUUCAAGCUCAUUACUGGUGACUUCAACAUUCGCGGGGUUGUGCACCGUCAAUUUGUCCCCCGGGAUCAGACUGUCAACGCCGAGUACUCUCAGGCUUCACACCCCACCUGCCCUACCCACUCCCGGCUCCCCGCGACUUCUGUUUCUCCCCCAAGAUAAAAUUAAAAGUCAAGUCUCAGUCAUACACAGCCUGCACUGUGUAGUUAAAGUUGCUGUUUGGUUAGGUUUAGUGAAUGUUAAAUUAAAUCAGACACGUUAACUUCACCUGAGUUAUAGAUUAAGUUGCUGAAAGAAAAUAUUUUAAUUAAUAUUAGAACUUGAAUUUCUCAAAUCUUUAAAAUUCGAUUGGAUUGCUCAAAAGUGGCAUGGCUGUGUGAGAACAUAGAUUUAUAUACAGGCUCCUGUGUUCAAGAGGAGUCAUCAAAAGUACUCUGCAGUGUUUAGGCAUUUAAAAAGAGAAAACAAUUACCUUAAAUUUUGAUUUAAUGGUAUUGUCUUUAUAUUUUGGUUUGUUCCAGUAUGUUACCAUCUAUGUUUGUUCCUUCACUUUCUAAUUUCCGUCCAAAAUGUGCUUUGAAGGUGUGGUCUAGUGAUGAAGAGGCAGACUACAUACUGUGAUUACAACCUCUCUGAUUAGAAUUUAGGCCGUGAUCCUUGCUGCAUACCAUUACUGGCUCUGUCUCCCCUCAUUUCCUGUCACCUCUCUAUUGUCUGCUCUAUUUGUUGCUAUUGUAGUCCCUACAGUGUCCAACACGCAGCAUGAUUUGAUGCUGAUCUCAAGGACAGUUCUUGUAGAGUCAUUUCAAAUCAGUUUCCUUCAUUCUGACUAAAAUUCAAAGCAGCAACUUCUUCAUGGCAUCAUCAGGUUAUGUUCAGACAUGAGUUUAACUAUAGAGAACAUUUCUUUUUAUUGUCAGUUGUCCUUUGUGAGAGACACUUGAGAUUCUGUGAGAACAUUUCCAAAGCUUUUGGUAAAAUUCAUUCUGUUCUCUCGCCUGCAGUAUCUCUUCAUGUAGUCAUUAUUGUGUCUGUGUUUCACUCUCCCUGGCUGUGUUUACAUUUAUCUUGCAAAGUUUUAAAAGAGUUAAUUUUGGGAAAUUCUCAUGGAACAUUUUAGAGCAAAAUACAGCCAGUAAUUGCACUAAAAUGUUUGUAUAUAUCUAUUCUGUUUUAAAGACCAAUGUUAACAUCCCCAUAUAAAGAGAGUAGCCCCAAGAUUUAAGUUAAUACAUUUUCCUUAAUCUUAGCUCUGCUGUUUCAAUUUUUUAUAUUGGGAAUAUUAUAAGGCCCUGACCUUUGAACUAUUGGAAACUACUAGAAAGAAAAAUAAAGGUGAGAUGGUUCCUAGUUUUUAGUGUCCUAAUUGGAAUAAAGUCAGGGUUUUAUUACAGUUUUAACACCUUUUCUUCAAGCAGUACUUCUACUUCAAACUUCAGAUUUAUUCAUUAAAACCGGUGUGUGUGAGUAGUUUCUGAAAACGACAAUAACUUGAGAAUGGCUGUUCUGUGUUGACAAAGAGAGAGCGAGAGAGAAUGGAAAGAUGGAGAAGGCUAGUUAGAGACACAUCUGAUUGUGCUUCAUUACUCAAGAACUGUACAAGGACAAAUAUCACGUACAGACAGCAGGAAGUGAUUGCAGAGAGGGUCACUGGUUAGUUAGCUGACAUACUUAAUGACAAGAUUUGCAGAAUAAAUGGAUGACAGCAGAGUUUAAGAAAAUUGCACUGACUGCCUGACUGCUUUGCUGACUGAAAGAAUGAAAGCUUCAGUAGGCACAAUAUUCAUGAGAGUGUACAUCCUUCUUAUUAACCUAAAUUACAAAACUGGGGUGUAACAGAGAAGAGAGCCUAGCUGUCCAAAUGAUUUUUUUAUACCUUGGUCAAACUGCAAACUGAUAUUCUCAAUCCUAAAUUCGGAGCAUUUCACAAGUUAUUUGAGGCAAAGUCCCUUCAAACAAAACAACUACCUUCACUGCCUUUACAAAGAAUAGCCAUAAUAGCUGAUUUUAUUAUGGCUUUUUUAUGAUUUGCCACCACAAUAACUAGGUGUGGAUAGGGUUAGGGAAAGAUGAUAGGAACGUUCAUCAUCAGGAGACCUACCUGGUUAUGAUGGAGGAAUUAUCAUGGUCAAACACAACAACAAAAAAGGGUAUCCUAUACUGCAGACCAAUCUAAUCACAACAUCCCCUGUUGAGGUUAAGGAAGGGACUGUGCUGCAUCUCCUCUCUGCCCUUAUUUCCUGUCAGCUCUCUUUUGUCUGUAGAGCUCAGUUCAGAGAAAGCUCUUUCUGGUUGGUUGGUGUAACUUCUUCUCAGUGGAGGUGUCUUUACUUCCAUGACCACGACUCUUCCAUGGCUUCUGAGCCCCUGGAGAGAGCAGAGUGGAGUGGUGGAGUAGUAAAGAGAGAUCGGGCCCGAGCCUGACCCAAAGGGAGCAUCAAACACCUUUAAUCUGAGGCGGUCCAAUAUAGGUCCAAUAAAUACGGUUGAGGUUUCCUCAACUCCUGUCACGAUGGAACAAAUUGUCUCCCGCUUCCAACUAGCUCUCUGCAGUUCUCCAUGGAUUGAUUUUUCUUGUUCAUGGCUACAGCUUGGUAUGGAAUGUCAAUACUUUGAGUAUUUGUCGACCAAAUUGCUUCCACUGCACCAAACCAUGAAUAUAUUCUUUACUCAGCUCUAUCCAUGGCUGUUGGAUUUAGUACGGACUUACAAAGUACAAUUUAUGUUCACUGAGCACUUUAUUAGAAACACUAAACUGAUACUGUGUGUUUCCUCCUUUUCAUCCACAGAAUGUUAGAAUCUUUUGAGAUUCUGCUCCAUGUUGACAUGACUGCAUCACAACAUUUCUGCAGAUUUGUCAGCUGCACUUUCAUGCUGCCACUCUCCCCUUCUACCACAUCCCAGGUGUUUGUGACUAGAGAGGCUGCUGAAGUACACAGAACUCAUAGUCACGUUUACUAAAUCCAUUUGAGACUCUUUUGUUUGACAUGUAACGUGCAUUAUCAUGCUGGGAACAGCCAUUAGAAGAUGGUACAUUGUGGCCAUAAAGGGAUGCACAUAAUCAGUAACAAUACUCAAGCUGUGGCACUCCAGCAAUGAUUCCCCACCUCUCCACAUAAUUAGUAACCGCAGCGUUUCCAGUAGCUCCAACCAGUCUGGCCAUUUUCCUCUGAUGUGCUCCCAUUGACAAGGCAUUUCAGUCUGCAGAGCUGCUGCUGGGCGUUUUUUGUUUUCACACUAUUUUGAAUAAAAACUCUAGAGACUGUUGAUGCGUGAAAAUCCCAGGAGCUCAGCAGUUUCAGAAAUGCUCAAACCAGCCCAUCUGACACCAACAGUCCUACCAAGGUCAAAGUCACUGAGAGCACAUUUUUUCCCCAUUCUGAUAUCUGAGACACAUCUGUGAAGAUUAACUGAGGCUUCUGACCUGAUUAGAUAAUUGCAUGAAUAAGCAGUUGCACAAGUGUUCCUAAUAAAGUGCUCAGAGAGUGUAUAUCAGAUAUUUAGACGCACUGGGAGGAGAAGUAGCCAUUUACUAAUUACAACUAACAGCUAAAGCACCAAGAUAAAAUCCAAGUUUAAAGUCCAGCUCUGAUGGAUCAUGGUUUUUUGCAGUGUUUAAAAAUACAGGUACAUUUUUAAACAACUUAAUUAGGAGGAAACCGAGUCGAAAAGGUUGAGGAAGUUUCCACUCAUAUGUGUAUUGACCAAUAAAUAGCCAAUGUAUGACAUCAUGAUGAUCAGGUGGUGCUGGAGAACCACUAUAUUAACACUCAUUUAAGUAGACUGUCUGGCUAGACAGAUGAGUUUUAUCUGUUGAAAGCAGAUAGCAGGUUUUAUCUUCAAAUAAGAAGAUAAUACACAGAAUGUAUUUUCCCUGAUAAGUCAAAAUAUGCUGAACAAUGCUGUGUCAUGAUAGUUCAAGAUUACCUGUUCUUCAGGAUUGCAGGAUGCACACUGUACAAAUACCAAACUAAAGCAAACACCUGGAGAAACCAUCAUUAGGCUAAAUAACUUGGCAUUUAGUUUAAUUUGCUAGUUAACUGUAAAGACUGCCCAAGCAUUUUUAAAGCUCUAUGAGUAAAACUCAAUGUAAUGUAUAAUACAAAUGUAGUAACCAGUCACUAGUUUAAAAUACACCACUGUAUGUUCACAUGUCAAUUUAAAGUGCAUUGCUGUAAAUACACAACACAGUAAUUCUGAAUAUUUGAGCUCAAUAUAUCACAUACUGAAUCAUUCCAAAGAAGGGAUACAUGGUCUUUGUGUUCUUUCAAAGUAUAUGAACUAUAUUUACCUCCCAAUGUACAGAGCAUGUACUUUAUAUUGAUCUAAAGACAUUGUGAAUUGUAGUCUUAUUUUUUGUCAGAAUAUUGCUAUCAAAAAUCAGUGAAAAGAAAACAUUUUCACCAUAUUGAAGAACAACUGAUUCAUUUGUUUUUUAUGUCAAGAGUACAUCCCUGGAUUAAGAUGACAUAUGUUUUAUAUUGGAAGCUGGAAACUUGUAAUAUAAAUGGCAGACUAAAGGAAACACCAACAUAUAACGUCUUUCGUAGUGUUUCCUGUGUUGGUAACCAUCUGUAUAUGUACUGUAUAUGCUUUAAAUUAAACUGCUACUGUACCGGAACUGUGUUCCCAAUGGCACACAAGACUGCUAACCGAGGGACUCUUUAAAGGGUAAAUCAACACUAAAUGUAGCAGAUGUUUUAGGCUUUGGAACUGGAUUCUAGAAGUACAAGGCUUAACAUUUCCAUCUUUAAGCUCGCAACAAGGACUCUUUGUAAGUACACAAACAAGCUUUUUCCACUGCAGGAACUUAACUUGAGGUGUAGUUACUGUCACAGGUUCUGCUUUUGUUUCCUCUGUACUUCCUUCUCUCUGGGGGAGUUCCUGAACCUAAAUUUGGGCACUGCUCAGGAGGUAGUAUUGUGUUACUAGUUUAAUUGUAUUAGUUAAUUGCAAAAAUUAAAGACAUAGUGUUGGUAGGAACACUAGCGUUUGGUUAGCGUUAGUGUUUUCAAGAAAAUCUAAACAUUUUACGCCCAAAUACACCAUACCAUGCAAGCAGCGAUGACAGCUAUUCCUGGAGCACUGGAGACCUCACCGCUGAAACAGCAGUGUCUCCAUAUGGUGUCACCUUUUCAGUGACUUACAGUAACUCUCUAAGUUUGGACCACCUAAUAAUUUAAGGGUUUGUCUGUUACACUGUAGAACAAUACUGAAGACACCAGACUAUUAAAUAACACAUGGAGUUGUGUAGUAGACAAAUUGAUGACAAGCUUUCCAUGCUACUGGCAGUAUAUGGUAGUCACCUGGGAUGGUUUUCAGUUUCAGUGGGAUUCUUGUUCUCUCUGAAUGCACCAUCAGUUGUGUUGGUAUACAGCAAACUUACAAUUACUGGACUACUACUACUACUGUACUGCCUCAGAUUUAACAGUGCCUCAGAUUACCCACAUCCGUGUAUCCCAGAGUUCAUGUAGCGGACACAUUUCAACAUCACCUGUUCACAGAAGACUGUGUGAAUCAGGCCUUCAUGUUUGAUUUGCUUCAAAGAACCCACUACUGUGGGAGACCAAAUAACAAGAGAUUUGCUUGGACAUUAGACCAGUGGAAAUCUGUACUUCAGUCUGAUGAGUCAACAUUUGCGAUUUCUGGUUCCAACUGCCGUGAGACGCAGAGGUGGACAGAUGGUAUCUGCAUGUGUGGUUGCCACUGUGAAGCAUGGAUGAGGAGGUGUUAUGAUGUGAGGGUGCUUUGCUUGGCGAACAGUAUAGUAUUCAAGGCCACAUCCCUCCCAACAUGUGGUGUGGGACCGUCGUGUGUUUUUCAGUGAUCCAAAACACACCUCUUAUUGGACCAAGAGGAAAGUGGUGGAGAGCUACAUCUGUGACCUGGCCUCCACAAACCUUCAAGACUGUUAGAAAUGCAUUCCAGGUCACUACUUGACGAUGCUGGUUGAGAGAAUGCCAGGAGUGUGCAAAGCUGUUAUCAAGUCAGAGGGAGGCUACUAUGAAGAAUUUAAAAUUGAAAACAUUUUGCUUUGUUGACAGUAUCGGUCACUACAUAAUUCCAUGUGUUCCUCGUGGUUUUAUAGUUGUCAUGUCCUCUAUUAAUCUACACUGUAAGAAAUGAUUUAAACAAUGAAAAACCAUUCAAUGAGAAGGUGCGCCCAAACUUCUAAACUUGUUUAUUCUAAACUUUGAGUUUGGUAAAACAUAGUGGAGAACAAGGCAGGUUUUCCCCAGUUCAGCUUAAAAGCAACUGAGAAAAUCCAGCUUAUGCAUCACAAAAGCACAGCACAGUCCUACAUAUUCAGUGUGCAUGCUCACAUCCUCGUGGAGUCAAAACAUCUGAGUCCUGCAGGACUCUCGUCAUCCUGGCCUCCUUGACAAUUCUCUUUCAGUCAACCGAACAGAAGCAUAGCUCAAAGAAGACAGCUGUGUGUUGUUGCUUCAAAUAGUGCCCUUUUUAAAAAUAAAAUAAAUACACACGUACUCUAGUAAGAAGUACACGGUUCAAUUACCUUUAAAAUGAUUUGUUUAGUAGUGUAAGCAGCAGUAGAAUGUCCUCAAAAAUGAAUGCACUCAAGUAAUGUAGCAGUAGCUCAAACAUGAACAAUACUUGAUCAAAAGCAUUUAGUUAUUUCCCUCCUGAGCCAUAUAGCAGUGAAAUGGCAGCUUACUGCCCGUUAUGAAUCACAGUUGAUUUACUCUUUAAAAAACAGCGAGUGCUGUCACGAGUCCUUUCUUCACUUUGGUCUCUUGUGGUGGCUUUUGGGGAAACCCCUCUGGUGAUUUUUUUUGUCUGUAUAAUGCUUUGGCUGUUUGUACUUUCUCUUAUACUGGUUAAUGUGAAACAUAGAUGCAUAAUUUUCAACGCAACAUAGAACAUCGCCUGGCACAGUACACAGCUAGUAUUACUUUUUAAAUGAAAUGUACUAAAGAUAUAUCAGAAGCAACUUGUGUUGAUACAAAACUGUAAUGCUAAUAAACACCUGCUGUUGAAAGGUU